AUGGCGAUUGCUUUGGCUGAGGCGGACAAGUAUGAGAUCUUGGAGAAGAUUGGUUGCGGGUCGUUUGGGAUCAUUCGAAAGGUCAAGCGCAAGUCGGAUGGAUUCAUAUUAUGUCGCAAGGAGAUCAACUACAUCAAGAUGUCCCAGAAAGAGCGGGAGCAGCUCACCGCUGAGUUCAACAUCCUCAGUUCCCUUCGACACCCGAACAUUGUCGCCUACUACCACCGGGAACACCUGAAAGCGAGUCAAGACCUUUACUUGUACAUGGAGUACUGCGGAGGCGGUGAUCUCAGUAUGGUUAUAAAGAACCUAAAGAAAGCCAACAAGUAUGCCGAAGAGGAAUUCGUCUGGCGCAUCUUGUCUCAAUUGGUGACAGCUUUGUUCCGAUGUCACUAUGGCACGGACCCGGCUGAGGUUGGAUCAAACAUCUUGGGUGCUCCCCCGAAGCAGUCUGGUCUGAAGGGCAAGCAAGGACAAGUCACCAUUCUCCACCGUGACCUCAAGCCCGAGAACAUCUUCCUUGGCAGCGACAAUACCGUCAAAUUGGGUGAUUUUGGGUUAUCCAAACAGAUGCAGUCCCACGAUUUUGCUUCGACAUAUGUUGGUACCCCGUUCUACAUGUCGCCUGAGAUAUGUGCCGCUGAAAAGUACACCCUGCGAUCGGAUAUUUGGGCGGUCGGAUGUAUUAUGUACGAGCUUUGCGCCAAGGAACCGCCUUUCAACGCUCGCACCCACAUUCAGCUGGUGCAGAAGAUCCGUGAAGGCAAAUUCGACCCACUGCCUGACUGCUACUCCCCAGAGUUGAAGAACAUCAUUGGUAAUUGCCUGCGUGUUAACCCGGACAACCGCCCCGACACCGCCGCCCUCAUCAACCUCCCCAUCAUUCGCUUGAUGCGCAAGGAGAAAGAGGUCGUUGACCUGGGAAAGACCCUGCGUCGUCGUGAGGAGGUGGCUUCCCAGAAAGUCCGUGAGAUGGAGCAGAACCUGGCCAGGAUGGAAAAAGAGAAACAGCAAAUCAAAGCUGAAAUUGAAAGUACCUGGGAAGUCAAGGCACGCCUUGAGAUUGACCGUCAGGUGCAGAAUGAGCUUGACCGUCUUCGUAAGCGGUUCGAAUCUGAGGUUCAGGAACGGGUUGCAAUUGAGGUUCAAAAGCACAAGAGAAACAGCAAUCCCCAAUCUCGCGAGGACAUCUUCCGAGCCAGCCUACAAGGCUCUAACUCAUCUCAGUCAUCUUCCUCUCGCAACAGCCGUUGGGAGUCUCGAUCUUCCGAAAGCAUGACCGAGGAUACCGAGCACAACAGUGUCGAUCCCAGUCAACUUCAGCCCGAGUCGCCUACCCACAACAAGCAGAAGAAGCCAAAGAGGGAAGCUCGCACUCCGUUCUGCCGCUCGAAGACUGUUGCGGAAUCCCCACAGGACAUCCAAAUGGCUGAGCCAUCACCCAUCUCUAUCGCUUCGCUUUCAUUGUCUCCCCGUCGCACUUCCGCUACUGCUGCUUCCCGCAAUAUAUUCGCUGAAGCUGAGCGUAACAAGGCCAAGUGGGAGCCUACUUUGGCUUACUCGGAUGAUGAAGAUGAUACCCCCGAUCUUCCAUCUCCUACUCGCCCGAAGGUGAAGCCUGAUCCUUUCAAGGCUCCUCCACGCCCUCUCCUCCGCCAGAACACCGCGGCUAUGAUGCAGAAGCUCAGCAACCAGCCUGCUCUUUUCCCCUCCAAUGGCUCCCGACUCCCUCAGGCCCCCGGCGGACCCGGUGGUUCUCACUCUGAAACCCGUGUUGCCAGCGAAAGUCGCGCGAAAUCCCCUCACCGUCGGCUCUCCAAAAUUCCUUCAUCUGCUAAUCUUGCCGCUGAUGCUGGCUCUUCAACUCGCAAGAGCGGCCCUAAGAGCCCGACCAAGCAGAAUGGAGCCGGUGGAGAGGAGAUGUUCAAAGCUGUCAUGCAGCGCAACAUGGGUGGCCGCACCCUGGUAGAGCUUGCUCAGGCUCGUGCCGGUGGUCGGCCCACCGACGACUUCAAGCGUUGUGCCAGUGACUCCCGUGCUCCUAUGCCGACUUGCUCAUUCUCCAUCUCCGACCGUGACCCUCCCGCUGUCUGGGAUCCGGAGCGCGAUGAGAUGCCCAGUCCCUUCUUGGCUCGUGGAAAGAAGGUCAUCCGCAACCUCCGGGUAGACCUAGGAACCGAAGAAACAGCCUCAAUUACGCGUUUCACAUUUCCCUUCCUUUUUUUUUCUUUUGCCCUCUUGCUUGCUUUCCGGAGUUGA